GCAUUCAGCGCCGCUAUCACCACAUAAACAUAGAGAUGUCCUGGACUGAAGCUCAGAGAUACUGCAGAGAAAACUACACAGAUCUGGCCACAGUCAACAACAUGAAUGACAUGAAUCAACUGAAGAACAGUGUGCAUGAAAAUCCGAUUAUUUUCUUCAUUGGACUGCAUAGAUCAAGUGUUUAUAAAUGGAAGUGGUCUUUGGGUGAUCCUGUGAAAUAUACAAACUGGUCUAAUGGAGACUCAAAUGGUUCAGAUCAUUGUGUUUAUAUGAGAGAUGGAUCAUGGCAUCAUCAGAGCUGUAAUGUGAACAAGAGAUUCAUCUGCUACAAUGAGAGCAGUAAAGGAUUCGUCAUUGAAACAUCUAAUAAAAUAUGGAGAGACGCUCAGAGGUUCUGCAGACAGCAUCAUACUGAUCUGACCAGUGUGAGGAAUCAGACUGAGAAUCAACAGAUUCAGAAGAUUAUGAAAGACAAAAACAUAUCUGAAGUCUGGAUUGGUCUGUUCAGUGACUCAUGGGAGUGGUCAGAUGAGAGCAACUCUGGAUUCAGAAACUGGGGUUCUGGUCAACCUGAUAAUAAUGGUGGUUCUGAAGAUUGUACAAAUGUUAGAACGUAUACAAAUGGUCAAUGGUAUGACUUGGAUUGCAGCCCUCUGACCUUUGUGUGUCAUGAAGAUCUGGAGACACUAGUUACCUGUGAAGAUUACACUGCCCGUCUCAGCUGUGAUGAGGGAAACAUUAAAGUGAUUUCAGCCAAUUUUGGGCGUACAGACAACACAACCUGCUCCAAUGGAAAACCAUCUAAUGACAUCUCAAAUGUUCACUGCAGUCUGAACUCAACCCUAAGUGUGCUGAUCAAACAAUGUGAUGGGCAGCUGAGCUGUUCUAUUGAUGUGAACGCUCCACCUUUCUCUCAACCCUGUUCUGGAACUUACAAAUACCUGAAUGUGUCUUAUAAAUGUAUCAUACCAUCAUCAUCAUCACCACCACCCAAUAAUCUGAUAUUGAUCCAGAUGAAUCUGAGCUGGUCUGAAGCUCUGAGAUACUGCAGAGAGAAUCAUGUGGAUCUGGUUUCAGUUGAUUCAGAGGAGAUUCAGUUCAUGGUGACUAAAGUGAUUCGUCAGUCCUCUACUGACGCCGUGUGGAUGGGGUUACACUAUUACUGCCAAAUGAACCUCUGGAUCUGGAUACGAGGAGAGGCCGUGUGUUAUCAGAAUUGGGCUCCAGGGAACGGGACAAAACUGAUGGACUGCAACACUGAACACAGAGCUGGAGCAGUUCAGUCUGGAGGAGAUCAUCUCUGGAUCAGCCUUCCUCGAUCUCAACAACUCAACUUCAUCUGCAGCAGAAAAUAAUUAAAUAAUACUGUAUAUUUUCUCUAUUGUAUUUCUUUUUUCUGUGGUGAUCUACAGCAAUGCUGCACUAACUUCUAAUAUCUGUUCUGAAUUACAUAAUUAGUCAACUUUACUCAGUACUAUCACCUCUGCUAGUUUUAAUUAAGUUAAAGUUGAGUAUAAGAUAAAUUAAACAGUUUCCUUAUUACUUUGGGUGAUGGUAAUGGUAAAAUAAACACAUGGGUUAAAACUUUUCACUUUUCAAUCAAAUCUUGAUGUUGUUUAUAUGUUAGAAGUCAUCUUUUAUCAAGUUAAUUUUCGCCUGGCUCUAUAUUAGUGAGAACUGUUUCAUAUAACUAAUGCCGGGGGUCAGUCAAUCAAAUAUUAAUAUUCUCAAAAAUCAGCAAAAGUAUAUGUGACUGUAAGUUAUUUUUACAUGAUAUCUGCAGGUAUUUCAAACGCAUGUGAUGAGCACUUCAUGUUUUAAUUUCUGUCAUAAUCUCAUUAAGAAAACCGUAUCACCUAACAGUCUAUAUUGUUAUCCCAGAUUCAUUAAUGCCAUGGUAUAAAAAUAAAUUUCUUAGCAUGUUAAAUAUGUUUCGACUGAUUUAAUCUUUUUAUGUUUAUAUAACACAGGAAAACAAUUCCCAUUAUAAAAUAGAAACAUCCUAAACACCUUACAAUCAAAUCUGCAUACAUGUUUGUUUGAAACCAUUAAAAAUACUAUUUGGUGAGUGAAAAGAAUGAGAAUAACUCAUCUCUGAACGCCUUAAAAAGUAUUUUAUACAGUUUGACUUUUACAGAAAGUUGAUGUUUAUUUUGAAACAAGACAAGAAGAUUUUUGACAGCAUAAAAAGCAUUUAUAGUCCAUAUCUCAUAUUCAUCUUGUGUUUUGUACCAUCAUUUCACACAGUAAAUGACAUGAUGUUGACAUUAUAUAUAUAGUCAAACUAAGCUGUGUUUGCCCCUGAGAGGAGAUGAGGUGGAGAUACACAAACGCACACAGAGAGAUAAGCACAGACUGGGAUUCUACAGCUUCUGAUGUAUGUAUGCUUUUAUAAAUCUGAAAAUGUUUGUGAAUAUGCAACAUUUGCUUUAUGUGCAUACGCAGACUUUACGGAGGAAAUCUACAAAAGGGUUUUGUAAAUGAGGCCCUGAUUUCCUUGCUUUAAAGGAGACAUUUCAUGAAAAUCUGACUUUUCCAUGUUUAAGUGCUAUAAUUGGGUCCCCAGUGCUUCUAUCAACCUAGAAAAUUUGAAAAAGAUCAACCCAGUAACUUAGUUUUGGUAAACCAUUCUCUGCAAGCAGAAAAAAAUACGUAAUUGAAAUUUGGCUCCCCUUGUGAUGUCAGAAGGGGAUAUUAUUUUAAUAUAACCACCCCUUAAUCUGCACUAUCCAACCACAGCAAUGAAAUUUACUGCAGAGAUCAGCUCAUUUGCAUUUUAAAGGACACACACAAAAAGCAAAAUAUUUUGCUCACACCAACAAAGUGUAAAUCUUAACAUGUUAUAAUAAAUAAUCUGUGGGGUAUUUCUGUUGAGCUAAAACUUUACAUACAUACUCUGAAGACACCAAAAGAUUUAUUUUACAUCUUAAAAAAGUCUUGUAAAACCUCCCCUUUAAUGUUGCACAGCUUGCUUCUCAGCUGGUGCUUGGGGUGAUGUUGUGUCCCAUUACUGACUUCUAACAUAAAAUACUGUAAAUAUUAUUUUUGUUUGUUUUGGGAUUUUCUGAUUCAUAAUCCUGGAGAAGUGAAAUAAUCGUUCAAACAUGCUAUCGUGUAUUUUUGUAAGAGUUGGUGAAAUAAAUAUUAACCUAUAUUUGAUAAAAUACUAAUACAUAAUGUCUAAAUGAAUCAUUAAAAUAAGUCCAUAGAACAUCACUUUUAACUGGUUUAUAUUUUUUACAGAUUCAUGAAUUAUGUUCAAUAUGAGGAUACAUUUGAGAAUAUAAAUAUGGGAUUGUGCAUUAUGCUUCACAUCUGCUUUAAUGAAUGAGCUCACUCUCUUAAUUUCAUUUUUCAAUGUAAUUUACUGAAAUGACAAACACUGUAUGUUCUGGCAAACUUUUAGGCUUUGAGACAGUCGAGCUUCCUCUUGACUCAUGUUCAAUCAACACUGGUUUCCAUUAAUGUUCGUUCUGAUCUUGAUAUUUAUUUGUCAACAACAUGCAAAAUAAACUUGAA